CAGUGAACAUGGUGCACAUGCAUCUCCAUUCCGUUCUGUCUCUUCAAACUGAAAAUGCAAAGCUGUAAACUUCCACAGAGCCGUGUGGUUGGAUCUGGUGUGCUGAUGAGAAUCAGGCUUUAAUUGCUAAAGACAAUGGUAACCAAUAGAGCAAACAGGGUCUGGAAAGUGUAGCACGUGAGCUGCUGCAAUAGGUGACUUUUUAAAAGAUUGUCAUGAACCUUGGAAUUGUUUCAGGUCAGUUGAUCUGGCCUUGUGGUGUAAAUACAAGUAACAGCUUUUAAUUUUCUACCUGUCAAGGCUGUUAUCCAACGCAGGAUCUGAGGGAAUAGUCUGAACUGAUGUUGUGAAUAGUAAAAAUGAAAACAAAAGGAGCAAAGAGUUUACGAAGAAGGAAAUCAUCUAUAAAAAUAAUCUGAUAAUAUAUGGAUUUGGGAGGUGGAGAGAGGAUGACAGAUGGUAUACCACUACAGCCCUGUGUUUAGCCUCUACCUUCCGACUCUGUUAUUGAAUCUGCAUUUCGCAUUGAAGGAGGCUGAUCAGAGAAGAUGCUGUAUGAAUGUUUCCUGCUACUUUCAAGGACUUUCCUUCACGAACACCAUUCCCAGACAACUUGAAUUCUCAGCUGAAGACAUCCUUCUAACAUUGACAAGAACCAAUGUGGCAAACAGAAAAGACACCUACAGAAGAAAUCGCUCCAUUAUAAGCCCCAGUUCAUGUCAUGGGAGCACAACAGUGACUCUAAAGUCCAUGCCUACACCAAACGUCAUAGAGGAAUGGUUAAGCAGUAACCAAACAGGAUCUGUUGUUCAUUGCCCGGCAUUAGGCGAUGACGAAAAGCUUACCACAACAUCAGACAGCUCAGGGUCUCAAGAGCAAAAUCAGAAUGAUGUAUGUGGUGAUGAAGAUGACACAAAGAUGAUCUUUGGACAAACACAAGAAUGUCACAUUUCAGUGGGAGCAACAAUUUAUACAGCACAAGAAAAUAUUUAUGGUUGGUUGGUGAGUCUAUUAGUUGAGGCAUUGUUGUUAUUGUUGUUAUUGUUUAAUUCAAACAAAUAUACAAUGUCUGGACAAAUUCAUCCUGCCUGCAGGGGAUAGGUUCCUGUAUAUAAAUAUAUAUAGCUUCCAAUGAGCAUAAGUAAGAUACAUUGUGAGCACAAUUAAUAAGCCAUUUAAGAUUAUCACAUGCAGAAUUGUUCAGUAAGAGUCUAAUUUUUUAAGGAAUGAAUUAGUUAUUUAUUACAAUCAAUGGGAAAACAAUAUAUUAAGACUUCAGCCACAUUUUGUCUUUUUACUUUAACAAAAAUUCAUGUUUUUACUUUUCAAGAAUAAUAUGCAAAGUAACUAUUUUCUAAUUCCCUUCUGUAACCAAAAUAUCACAGCUGUCUUUUCACUUCUGAGAAUCAUCUUCAAGUUCAAGUCUGAGAAAGGACAAAAUUAUCCUACUUUUUUUUGGAUAAUGCACUAAACUUACACUGAGUAAAACCAAUCCAGUUUCGACUCAGCAUUGGAUCCACACAUAACGUUCUUGUUGAUUUCAUGUAACUUAGAAAUCAACACUGCCUUUCAGGGAAAAAAAAAUUCAUACCGAUGGCUGGUGUGGAAUAUGUAAAAGAUCCCAUUGAUACCAAAUGGAUGGUCUCCUGAUACAGCAAUUCUUAAGCCACAUAGAACAAGCUUAACUUUACAUCUGGCCAGCAGAAGGACCUCGUUGAUGUGAUGGUGCCAGAAAUGCAGAAUAUGUCAUUCUUCAGCAAGAUGAUUCCUCAGUUUCAUGAGCACAAAAAAUAUUGGUGGUGACAAAGUAAGAAUAUAUUUAUUCCGUACUUAGAUAGCACUUGACCAUCCUGUUUAUAACUUUGUAAAAUUGCUCAUUGAAAGUGUGUUGUCUUACUCCAAAUCAAGCUGACCCUUUCCCAGAUGUUCUGUUUUUGCCCUUGAUACCAAUGCUUUUGCUUGAUACAAAGCACAUUCUCCUGUUGCCAUUAUGUACUUUGUUGAGUUACGAAGGAUAUGAUGAUGUUGGGAAUCCUGAAAGUUUUAACUGAACUCCGUUCAACUGAGAAAUCAUUUAUACUUGGAAAGGUUGUCAACCUAGAGGUAUUUUAGCAAGGAUUUGUCACAGAAUAAAGAUUUUAAUAUUCAUUCUCAUUUCAUGAAUUGCAUAAAUUAUUAUUUUACUUCUGUUGCACAAAUAUUAAACUAGAGUAAUUUUAUUUCUGCAGCAUGGGAGUGCUCUCUUACACACAUCUAAUGGUUUCCACAAUCAAGAAGAAUAGAAACAUGCACAUAACAAAAAAUGUAAUCAAAUUUAGGAUACUUGUGACUUAUUUGGUCAGUGGAAAUUGUAUUUGUAUUAAGCCUGUACUUUUCCAAAUUUCUGGACAGUUUUUUUAACUUACCAGCUAUGUUUGAAGAGUCUGCAACUAUAUAUAUAUGUACAUAUAUGGUGAGAGUGGUCUACUUACAUGCUAACUAUUAUAAUGAAUGUUUAGCCCUCAUAUGAAGUUUUUUGUUGGAUACCUAAGUAAUUGAUCCACAAUUUGUCUAUUAAUGUUGAACUCAUUUACAAAUUGAAUGGAUGGAUUUUAUUUGAAAAAUGUUGGCAUUACAAACAUUCAGUGGGUAUGUAACUGCUUGUACAUUAUUGUGUUGAUUAAAGCAAUUAUUUCACCAUAAGUGUUUCAUACAGAUGCCAACAAAGUUUAAUAAUCUGCCUGGUUCAUAGUGAUGUGUGUACAAUCUACAAAUAAAUUUGUUUUUGCAAUUUA